UUAAAAUUAAUAGUUGAAAUUACGAAUAACUACGUGAGAAGCGGACGUGUGCAAUAUUGAGACACAACUCUCAAUAGUCAUACAAAUAAUUCAUAGCACCGCAAACGUCUCAUAAAAUUGCAUUUUGCGCUGCCAAACUGGAGUUUGUGAGAACAAAAGAGAAAUUUUUGUGCGUGUUUUGUAUGCGAGGUCAACAUUUGCGAUCACUAAAAAAAUACAAAUAAACUACGCAACAAACAAAUAUUGUGCUGAGCAAGAGAGCAAGAGAGUGUGUGAGCGACAUGCCGGAAGAGGAACCGCCACAAAAGCGUAUGGAUGAUGAUGAGCAGCAGCAGCAGCAGCAGCCGACAAGUAAUGAAAGCGGCGUGACCCUGGAGCAACCAGCAGAGCAACCGACAACAGAAUAUGUAGCGCUAGAGCUAACCGCGGAGGAGAUGCGCGCACGUCGCCUUCGCACCUUGGCUGCCAGAAGCAAUGUACUUAAUGCAGCACCAGCAGUAGCGGCCGCCACGAUGCCUGUUCAGGAACUUACGCCACGCAGUCAGAAAAAUGAAUCGCGUCUGCUGCGGGAGGCGCCUACAAGCUCCAGCUCCAUGGAGCCCAGCUCUUUGGUCGACAAGAUGGGCAUUGUGUGGUCGGAGCUGGGCAACAACAAGCCCGACAUGGAUGUGGAAAUGAAAUCCAUGACACCGACACCUGUGCAGGAUGUGGAAAUGACACCUGCACCUGAACCAGAAGCGCCCAAUCGUCAGCCUGCCAAAGAUAUGCUGCCCCCAGCAGCAGCAACAGCUCCGCUCGUGCCGCCCGCGGAACCCCCCACAUUAAAAAACGUAGAGGAGCAGCAAGAGCAAAUACUGUCACGCCUGCUGGAUGCCACCUGGAAUGAAUUUGGCUCCGGCUCAAUUAUAUGCGCGCAGACAGCCAGUCUACUAGAGCAGUAUCCAGACAUGCGCUUUGAUUUUGAAUCCAUAGCUAGCAAUGUGCUGCUGGAGAUAGUGUUCAAGUACUUCAACGAUGAGGUGGAAGAGAGCAGCUGCAAGCUGUCAGGCGAUGCAGCCACGACUACAACUGCAACAGCGCCCAUUAGUGCUGCUGAUGAUAAGGAAUUCUCCUCGGCCAAAAAGAUCAAAAGCGAUGACACUGAGGUGCAGGAAAUACUUGCCAAUGCAGUGGCCUCCAGCAGCGCCACCGAGGAGGAGCAGCAGCGUGCCAGUGCCACGCCCAGUCAAACUGAAGUAACGCCCAGCGAUGCUUGUGCGCCCUGUGUCGUCCCCUCAAUGCUCAGCAUUGUUACCACCUCGAAGCACAACGCCAUGUUGUAUCUGCUGCGUUGCUUCAAUGAGUCGCAGAAAGCGGCGCAGUCGCGCAUCGUAACGAUAGCCCUGAAGAGCAUCAUGCGCAUCGUAGUGCUGGUGCUCACGGAUCAGCUACAGCCGAAUCUCAACUAUCAGCUGGAUCAGUCUACGUUACUCGAGCUAAUGUACAUGGAGCGCGUGCCGGAGGCAUUUCUGCAUUGGCUGAUCGGUAACACGUACAAAGAGCGCGUGGUCUUCGAUACCAUCUUUGGCCAGCUGUUGCGUGGAUUGUUUAGCGGCAUGCAACGCAAUAUAUGCAGCUCCAAGAUAAACAUGCAGCAAGUCGAUUGGCUCUAUAAACUGGUGGAGGUCAAGGUGGAGAAUGUGCGUCCAAUUGCGGAUCUGGUGGGACGUCAGGCCAACUUUAUACCGCCCAUCUGCACUAAAAUACCAGGACGUGAAAUAGUCAAGUGCAGCUUUUUGGGGCCCUUUCUAUCCGUCUCGCUGUUUGCCGAGGAGAAUGUCAAGUUUGCCGAAUACACAACCAAGAACAAGCUGGAUCAUAGAGCCAUCAACAGGCUGCGCUGGGAUCUCAUGACCAUGCGCGGCAACAUGUAUCGCGUUUUCCAUUCACUUUGCCUUAACAGCAGCAGUCGUGUGCCGACUUUGGAGUACGUUUCACACAUCUUGCGCCACAAUGAUCGACGCGUGCAGUUCGCCAGCGAUGAGAAGCUGCUCGCUCGCGAUGGAUUUGUUAUUAAUCUAAUGAGCGUAUUGCAAAUGCUCUCGGUUAAAAUCAAACUCGAUCGCGUUGAGCCCCACUAUCAUUACUAUAAGAACUGCUACAUAAACAUAGAGCAGGAUACGAAGAUACGUUUCAGCGAGGAGGAAUACAAGAGCUUUUUGGCACGUGAACAUUCGCAAACUGUAGACAUACCGAAUUUGAAUUUUCAAACGCAUUGCUGGUUUCUAACACUGCAAGCACAUCAUCUGGGCUAUUUGCCGGCUAUACAACGCUAUCGUCAAAAGGUGCGCGCUAUUAAGGAGCUGCAGAAGCUGAUUGAUGAGCUGGAUCGCACCAAGCCGCAUUGGGUUAACUCACGCUAUGCUCAUCGCAACAAUCAGUUCAAAGAGCGCUGGGAAAAGCAGCUGCGCAAGCUGAAUCGUUCGAAAACUUGCAGCGAAUUAACGCUGCUGUGUCCUUUCCUGCUGGAGAAUUGCACACGCUUCUAUUCUUCCGUCUGCGAGUAUAUGCUCUAUCAAUUUGAGGGACGCAGCAUUGAGGGUCCUUUUAUCUCAAAGCUGCCUAUACAGCAGCUAAAGCCGACUGAUGCAUUUUCUGCACUGCCCGAGUGGUAUAUCGAUGACAUAGCCGAGUUUAUAUUGUUUGCCAUGCAACAUGCCACGGACAUUCAUCAGCAUAUAGAUCAUUCGAUUAUAACCUGGCUGCUGACUUGCGUCUGCGCCUCGCAUCUCAUUAAGAAUCCCUAUGUAACUGCCAAGCUGGUGGAGGUCAUGUUUGUCUUUUCACUUAAACCCGCCAAUUCGAUUAAUACGGCUAUGUGGAACCAUGAGCUAGCUCAAAAUGCACUGGUUAGCGCUCUCAUGCGUUUCUAUGUGGACGUGGAAACCACAGGACAAAGCACUGAGUUUUACGAUAAGUUUACCAUAAGGUAA